UCAUUUAACCGCUGUCAGGGCUCCUCGUAUGGCCGCCGCUUUAACUAACUUCUCAACACCGGCAGAGAAAGUGGCUCAAAUGUACAUUCUGUCACCGUGGAUGUGACCCAACGUGAGGAGAAGGGGUUGAUAUACACACGAGAAUAUCCUUUUGCGAACAGUCCUACUUCUGGAUUAUUUAUUAUCUCCAAUUGUAUCCACUUUUUGGGGUAGGAGAACCUCGCCGCGCGCUCUGUGUGUGCACCUGUACCGGACUCGAGCACCGAGAGAUACUUGUUUCUUUGUUGUUAGUGAAGUUUGACAACCAGGUGAAUGUAUAGCAUGAUGAUGGAAACCGACCUCCACUCCCCUGGACCCCAAACGAACACGACCACGGGUCAAACGGGGCCAAACAGUGGGUCUAAAGCGAACCAGGACAGAGUGAAAAGACCGAUGAACGCGUUCAUGGUGUGGUCCCGUGGGCAGCGGAGGAAGAUGGCACAGGAAAAUCCCAAAAUGCACAACUCCGAGAUCAGCAAACGGCUGGGUGCCGAGUGGAAGGUGAUGUCCGAGGCCGAAAAACGUCCGUUUAUCGAUGAGGCGAAAAGGUUGCGAGCUAUGCAUAUGAAGGAGCACCCGGAUUACAAGUACCGGCCACGACGGAAGACCAAGACGCUGCUUAAAAAGGACAAAUACUCCCUGGCCGGUGGGCUGCUCUCUGGGGCAGGAGGGGGUGGUGGAGUGGGUCUUGGGGUCGGAAUGGGUUCCUCCGGGAUCGGUCAGAGGCUUGAGAGCCCGGGGGGGCACGGAGGCUCAGCCAGCUCGGGCUACGCGCACAUGAACGGCUGGGCGAACGGUGCGUACUCAGGACAGGUGGCUGCGGCGGCAGCGGCUGCGGCGAUGAUGCAGGAGGCUCAACUAGCCUACAACCAUCACCCAGGGAGCGGAGCACACCACCACCACUCACACCACCACCACCCACAUAACCCGCAGCCCAUGCACCGCUACGACAUGACUGCACUGCAAUACAGCCCUAUCUCGAACUCUCAAAGCUACAUGAGCGCCUCUCCGUCCGGCUACGGCGGGAUCACCUACACGCAGCACCCGAGUUCUGGGGUCUCUUCCUCCGCCAUGGGAACGUUAGGGUCGCUGGUGAAGUCAGAGCCGAGCCAACAAGUACCCUGCAGGAUGCCGCAGACCCAAAUGACUGUGACGGGACACAUUGAACCUUGGGGUGUCGAUCACGACGACUGCCAGGGGAUGCUGACGAUGGAUCUCCACGGUAACGAGUGAUUGGCAGGUGCCGGCUCUCGUCUCAGUGAUGGCUGGCAGGGCGUCAUUAGGAUGGAGGUGAAGAUCUGCUUCGUGGAAUGAGAGGACCUUCUGGAAAAUGUCAACGAUAGUCAGAGCCCCCAAACUGCCUCCCCCAUCUCCCUUAUCCGCAUAUUCCCUCACACUCACACAUACACACCCACACUCACACACACACACACCCUUCCUAACAUUCAACCACCUCAUUGUUAUCCUGUUUUUU